AUGGCAGAGGAGGACGAAAGCAGCCCCGAGGGGGCGCAUGAGCCAAUCGAUGAGGAGGACGAUGACGCCGACGGCACCAUGCGGGAGAUCAUGGAGACACCUACCUCGCGGAGAUCUCGGACACGGACUAGGUCCCCUGUGGCGGAACGAUAUUCCUCGGCAAAGGCCAGCGGCAGUGCUGCCAAGGCAAGCGGAGUGGGAGGCACUACCAACGACUCCAGCGUGGGAGCAAAGGCCAAAACCUCGGCGACUGGCGCGGAGACGACAACGAGUGCGCCGGCAGUGCUGCCAAAGACAAUGGGGGCUGCACCGUGCAUGCCGGCGGGGCCUCCGCCUCCUACACCACACAACCCACCUGGGAUGGGCGGAGGAGGCCGACCGCCGCUGGGAGCAGGCGGACCGCCGCCACCUACCCCGGCCAAGGGAGCCUGUGGGGUGCUGCAACAGGGGAUCUACACCGUGGUCUGGGACCCCAACACCAACGUCACCUGGAUGUCCCUCGAUGCCUUCCCAAAAGGCAGUGUGCCGCAUCAGGUUAUGGUGCCACCGCCAACUCCUCCGACACAGGGUGGGCCAAGCAGGCCAGGCGAUGCAAGCACUCCAGCUGCGUGGGACUGA